AUGCCCCCUGUUACACCACCGCGCCCUUUUCUGGAUCAGUGUAUAGCUCCUACGCCGCCGAACUCCCCCAUAUCACCAACUCGACUUUCCAAUGAUUCCUCGCGCCCGCCGACUGCCCGCGCGCUCAAUAGGCGGCUUUCCCCCGCUCAAAUCGCCCACGUCUUUCUCCGCCUGGCCAUAGUGAUGCCUGUGGCAGACUAUGAACCACGCGUGCUCGAUACAAUACCAGAGGAACCCAACGAAGACAUCGCGCACCCAGAUCUUCACCAAAACACGGUAGUGCCAAGCCAGCUGGCCCGCGGGCGCGACGACAUCGCCAUUCAUUAUGAGAAUGAAGAGCCCCCGGAGGACGCAUGCGAAAGUGGCAUGGAGAGCGCACCCACACACUCCGAUGACAAAACACCGCUGCCUCUGAGGAAAGACCACUCCAUUACGAUCAUGGGCCCCUACCUCGAUGUCACGUCGGCCAUGACAGUGGCAGAUGACCCCACCACACUCGACGUACAGCUGGACGUCCCCACAUAUCCCGAUCCACCCGCGGGACCGAUCCGCUUAGCUGCCUCCCCUCCGCGACGACUCCAUACGGGUAUGAGAAUACGCGAGAACAAUCUUAGCGGAACGAUUGGACGCGUCACAGAGUGGACAAGACGCACUAUCGUUUAUAGCCUCAAUGUUCACUCUGUCGGAUCCACACACGAACUGCGUGUGCCACGGUGUCAUGCCUCCCUACGCGGAUGGGACUGGCUUCUGUUUGUCGCAAGCUACCCAUGGCUUGCGGAAAAUCUCGAGGGCGAAAUAAUGCACGAAUUACCAGUCUCUGCGGACCACCGAGCGUAA